AUGCAGGGACCGGCCGCACAAGAGCUGUACGGAUCGUUGCUGAAGCAGCUAAGAGAUCAGUAUUCUUCGGAGCGAAUUCGGGACGGCCGGUUUGGGGCAAUGAUGCAGGUGCACAUCCAAAAUGAUGGCCCAGUGACGCUGGAAAUCGAAUCACCUGCCCAAAGUGAACAGGAGCGUUCCAAGCUGCAACGCAAGGAAGAGCAUAAAGCGAAAUCGGCCGGUAAAAGUUUUGUGGCCAGCGGCACACAACCGGAAGCGAACAGCGCCGAGGGCAAUUUCGAAAAACAGAAGCGUAGUAGCGCAGAUCAAAGCUAA